CUUGUUUAUCACGGAUCGACGCGAACAUCGUGAAAGACACAGCACAAGAGCAUAAAAAUUAAAAAGAGAAAACUCUAAAGUGAAGUGAUGUCGGGCGUCAACAUGAAUAAAGUUGUAAUUUUAUUGGCCUGGCUUUUCGGCAUAACCAUGACCGCUAUCACAGCCGCCGAUGAUACAAGCUGUUUGUACCAAGAUGAAUUGUGGGGCACUGACGAUGGCACCAAAUUUUAUUUCUGCGACCCAGACACCAAUACAUCAAUUCUACAAAAUUGCCCCGAUGAAACUUUCUUCGUACGUAAUGCGACACUCACCGGUUGUAUACCAAUCGCUUUGAUGGAUCCCAAUUGUGUAUAUACGGCUAAAGUGGGCGCCUGUAGCGGCAUCAACGUUAAACAGCCACAACCCAGUACGGACCCAACUAAAUUCUAUCUCUGCACAAGUAAAGGUGCUACGCCAUUGUUGUUACCUUGUGCGGAUGGCAAAGCGUUCGUUAAGCAGAACGGAUAUUUGGGCUGCUUCGACUGGGCCCAGUGGCGUGCGCUGCGCAAUUGCUACACGCUGACCAACCAAAUUUGAACAGUCAAAGCGAUAAGAAAGAAAUGAAAUAUUCAGAUAUAUUUAGUUAAGAAACAUCCAUGUUUAAAGUGAAAAUAUACAGGUGUGAUCCGCACUGUAAAUACUGGCAUAUA